GACGACUGCUUUUCCUUCGCCGAAUCGGACCAAGAGCGAGCUUGUACUCUUAGUACCUCUGAAGAAGGUGACAGUGUGAGUCUUCUCAUCAUUCAAGAUAAGGAAGGUCGUAACUCCACCAGGAAGGGAACACCCACCAUCAUUUCGGCAGCUAGAUCCUCGAAAUGGAUCAAUAAAGGUAUCGACACCGUGAAAAAAGCAAGGCUUGGGCUGCUCACGAAUAUGGGGCUUGAGCUUGAACAACUUCCGUGGAGCAUCAUGCCAGAACCCAUCCUCAAGCCUGGCGACGCUGUGGGAUGGAAAGCCGGAACAGGAAUAUGUCAUUCACUGUUAAAUGACGCUGAAGAUGACAAUGGAUCGG